GACUCCUGCUCAUCGUCACCCACGACGAGGACGACCCGUAUUGGCAAGGCCCCUCACCGCCUGUCAUGAUGAGUAAUGAAUACCCACCCCUUGCUCUCGAUGACCUUGUCCAUAUCAUGUCCCCCUCCCCGGCGCCACCACUCGCAAUACUGGAUGACCCUCAACUACCCCUCCGCCCCAAAACCGCAUCUCCGGAGCCACAGAAUAAUGCUGACGUCCAAGAAAUGCGCAUGGAUGUUACGAAUAUGGGGGAUAUUAGUGGGAAGGAGAAGGAGCUACCUGAUAUAGUGGCGAACCAGCCUCGCACCGUGCAUCCUGACCCAGAGCAAGUCAUUAGACAGGCCGAAAUUAUAUCCUGCCUAAUUGACCAGCGCUGAUAUGCUCGUGCGACAGGCAGAGGAGCAAAGAUUGCGAUGGAACUCGGAGAAGGAUGGUUGGGCCCGGAUGGCCGAAGCACUUAUUGCACAGCAAGCAAAAAACAGGAGUGCAGCCGACAGAGAUGAAGUGAGUGAUUUUCCUUUCCUUCCAACGAUUUUGGUUUGGCAAGACGGCAUAGCCGUAUUGAUAAAUCACUUUCGAUGCGUUUCAUGCAAGUCACUCGGUCAUAGCGCUGCUGGCCAUAAGACCGUUGCGCCCCCCUUCCUAUGAUUUACUGGAGACUGACUAUGAUUCAGGACCUCGAACGACAACA